UUUGACAUUUCUUUUAAACAAGCGGGAAUCUGUUUAUUUUUCGGCAUUAAAACUGUUUUUUUCUAUCUAUAUUCGUAAUUAUUAUAACUUAGUUAAGUAAAAUGACUUCGAGAAGUAAGAAACAAUCUAUUACUCCAGUUGAAAGUACUGCUAUAACGAAAAAGCGAGUAGAAAACUCAUGGAUUUUGCUUUUGAAAGAAUCCCUCUUUGAAAAUGACAACUUUAGUAUUAUUACAAUCCCACAUCCAGCUGAUGGACGACCUGCGAAAUACUGUCUAGACAACAUCAACAAGAAAAUAUAUGAAAUUGUCACAUUUAGUGAACCACAUCGGUCAUGGUUUAUUGGAGAAACAGUCAAAUCUGAUGGGGGGCUUCAAAUGGUGACUCCGGUGAAUCCAUUAUUUAUAGUUUUACCUCUACUAAAAGCACAGUGCACUAACAGAGCCAUACCCUUGGAAGGUUUAUUAUCUGAAAAAGGAUAUGACAAAAUAGUUGACUUUGUUUCUAAUAUGGAACAAGUAGCUGAUUUGAAGGGGCCUGCGGACUUGCAAGCUUACAAAUACAAUGAAGAGAAAACAUUGAAGUGGCUAGAAGAAAGAGUUUGUAGACUAGCAAAAGUAUUGAGGGAGAAGAAUAUCCAUGUUACUUCUGGAGCAGUUUCAGCUACUUUUGUAGCAAGUAACUUAAACAAUGACAAUGUUGAUGAUGAGUUCUACCUAAAGUAUGCUCAUGGACUGGUAUCUGAAUAUUUACAAGAAGACCUCGCAGACUUACUGGAAAAAAGAUUUGAUUUUAAACCAGAUCUAGUUGAAACAGUAGGCAAAAAGAGAAAAUCUGAAGCUUCUGAUCUGAGUAAUACAAAUAAGAAAAUAAAACAAGAACCAUCAGGAGAUGAAUCUAUAGAAAAUAUCCUGAACACUUCAAAUGGCUUCAGUGAAGUGAAGAAACAGAAACCCCUGACGGCCAAAGAAAAGGCCCGACAGAAAGCUGCAAGUGGGACUAAAACAAUAUCUGCAUUUUUUGCAAAGAAAUAAUUUGUUAGCUGCAUAAUGAAAUUAACAUUUUAUAAUCAUUUUUA